CACUUGUUACAUUGCAGGAGACAAAAAUGACACUGCCUUCACCAUGCUUGGCCUGCAGCUCUGCCACAGUAGACUGCCCCUGCUCAAUGUCUAUGUCAGCCACACAGAUCUGCAGGAGGAAGGAUGUAUAAAUCAGAGGGAAGGAGGGAGAAGGAGCAUCAACACUCACCACCACCACCACCACCAUCCAUUGCAGAUAUGAGGAUGGAAACACAUGGCGAUAGUGGUGGUGGAGGUGGUUGCCAAGGUAACGAGAUGACGCCUGGCCAGCUGGGCGUGCCUUCUCCUUCCUCGCUAGAGUGAAGGAAGCGUAUUGUUGUUGUAGUCAGUUUAAGACAUUUUUCCGGACCUGUCAAGCUGAAUUACCACUCCCAAAGCUAAAUAUAAUUCGAAGGGUGAAUGACACCUGACUGUGCUGCCUGGUGGAGACUGUAGACUGACGAGGCGGUGGUGUACGUGGAGGGCGUUGUGUCAGAAUGAACGACCCACCGGAUAUAAAACUUGGUUUUGGCAAGGACAAGUGGCAGAAGACUAAGGCCACUUCUGACAUGGCUUCCAAGAGUGAUGAAGAGAUUAUCAGGGCAGUCCUGGCUAAGUUUCAUGUCCCAAAGAAGGUGGUCGAGCCGAGCCCCUACUUGCCGCCCCCAGAGCAAGAACUGUUUGAACACAGUGGCCGCUCUGUUCGCCAGCAGCAUAAGGAUCUUGCCAAGAGUGGUAAGGACCCCCUGGCUGUGUCAAAAGUGAGGAAGGGGACCCAAGGCAGACCAAGGGACACUGAGCAACUUGGGCCGCCCCGCCGCCUUCGUAUGGGGGGCCCCAGCCUGCAGCCCCUCACAGCCAGAGAGUACCUCAGCACCGCACGCACCACUGCCCGUGAUAAGAACUUGGCAAGGGUGGCUGAUGUGGAGUCCCAGCGCCUGCAGGAGGAGCUGCAGCAGGAGAGAGCUGUCAAUGCUGAGCUGGAGACUCAGCUCAAAUACCAUGAGGCAGCUCUUCAAGAAUUCCUCCAGUACCAUUACAAAGAAGUAACUGAGACCAUGACAAGAGGUGACAUUGCUAAGCACAACAUGUCAGAACAGGACAUACGUAUUGACUAUUACUCUGGUCUGCUGGCUGAGGCUAAGACUGUGCAGGAGGAGGAAGAGGAGAGGCUGCAGGAGCUGACAGCUUUCCAACAGUUCUUGGCAGCUGUCACUCCUUUACAGUCUUUAAAAGACCUGAAAAGAAAGAUUUAUGAGAUCCAUGAGAAAGUCAAGGAAUCUUCAUCCUACAUAGCAGGCAGACCCCUAGAGGGAUCCGACAUUGCUGAUCUUGCCCGAGCUGUCACUGUUGCGACAACUGACAAUUCUCAGGCUGUCUCACCCAGAGGUGAGGGAGGUCCAGGUGGCACACUUGGAGCUGACCUUUCCCUUCUCCGCAUGCUGAGGACAGACAUGCCACAGAGCAGGUCCUCCUCCAGGCUGGGCAACAGACAGGCACUCUUACAGGCUGUGGAGAGUUCAGAUGACCAGGUGGCAGUUGUUAAGGAGGACAGUGAAGCCUGUGACCAUGGAGCAUUUGACGAGUUCCUGGGGGAUGAUCAACACUUGGUUAAUCUGGCUAGUGUGUAUGAGUCUCAGUGCCAUGCCCUUCUUGCCCUUCUCACCAGAAUACAGAACCAAACAGAGGCUCUGAACAAAGAAGUAGACAGUCGGCAAAAGAAGCUGAACAGUCGCCUGCAGGAAAUAGAGCAGCUGCAGGAGAAAGCCCGAGGGGGAGGCCACGAAGGGCAGCUGCAGGACCUCCAGACACUGAUAAAGGAAUGGCCCAGGCUGUCAGGAGAUGCCGAGGCUCAGACACAGUUGGACCAACUUGUGGCUCAGAUUGCAGAAGUAGUGAGCGAUGUGUUUGGGUCCAGCAAGUAUUCCCCUUUGGUUCCUCAAGCAGUGCCUGAGGUACCUCCACUCAGGAAAUUAUCCCCUGAAAAUUCAGCAAAGAUCAGAGGAGGAGGAUCAGAGGACAGGUCUAGUCCAGACAAGGAAAGCCAAGGUGAUGUGAGAAUGAGUGAGCCGACAGUCAGUGCUGGGAUGGGGCAGGAGGCUCUGCUGGCACUCCUGGAGGCCAGAGUGACAGACCUUUGUGCUCAGCUCGACAACAUUGAUCCUGGCCUGAGGGAUGCCAUUUUCUUGAAUUGUGAACAGUCCCGCCAAGCUCGCCUUAAGGAAGAAAAGCGUCAGGAGGCUGAGAUGCGGCGAGCAGAGAGGAAACAGCGACACCUGGAGCGAGCCAUGGCCGAGCCUCCUCCCAGGCCACUCUGAGGCAUGAAAAUGAUCUACAUGUAUUCAUGGAGGAGAGACAAGAGGGAUAACCAGAGGAGCCUGAUGGACCAUGUAGCAGUGAAUGGGAGAUUAAAAAAAAUUUUCAGUGCCAGGGCAGUGAGAGGGAUGCUUGAUAAGUUAUGCAGUGAAAGUUAAGAUGAAAAUAAGAGGUAGAUGGGAGUUUGGUAGGAAUGUUGGUAUAUAAAACGAGUACAAUAGUAGCUGGUGAAAAGUUAGACUAGGAAUGUAGAGAAAUAGAGGAGGCCUUCAAAGAGAAGAGAGCAUAUGAGAUGUUACAGAAAAGUGUCCCAGAGGAAAUUAAAAUGAGGAAAAACAUAGUCUUGGAGCAUGAAAGAGAGAACUGCCAAGAAAAGUAACAGGGCUUGUUGAGUUUGGUAGGAAGCAGUGUGAAAAAUUCAAUGAGUAAGUUGUGCUGAAAGGAAGUGAGGAGAGAGCAAGUUGUGCUAAAAGGAAGUGAGGAGAGAGAGAGGAUCUAGAGGAGUGUGGAAGUGUAAGAAAAGAGAGAGAUGGAGUUCUUGUAGGCACUAAGGAAAA